AAGUAAUUGUGUAUCCUAUACUUGCUUGUGUGUUUUUGUUUGAAACUAGUUUUAUUAAAAAAUUAAAAUUAAAAUGACUUCAGAAAAUCAACCAAUAGCUGCAAUGGAUAGCUUAUUACAAGCGUCUAAAGUCAACAUUAUUCCAAAUCAAGAAUAUUUGCUUCAGGGAUCAAUUUUAGAUGUUCAAGUUCAGCGGCUUCUUCAUAGGCUCAAAGGUCUUUGCGAUAAUGUGGAGACAGCACCAGAACAAUUUCAUGAUUAUGAAGCUUGUUUUUCAUUGAGGAAUAUUGCAGACGAGCAAGCGAUUCAUACAGCUCCACUUUUAUUAAGAGUUCGACGUUCGAAUGAUCCAGCAGACAGUCAUAUGCCUUGGCAAUUAAGGUAUGUUGGAAAUCCAGAAUUAGGAGAUACAAAAAGGCCUACAUUAGUUCGUUCCUGUUUUGACAUCAGUUGUUCACCAUCAAUUAUGGAAUUUUUAACAGAAAUGGGUUGUAGGCUGGAAUUCGAAUACACAGUUAGAGGAUAUUUGUUCCGUAAAGGCAGGAUGAAGAUUACGGUAUCAAAAAUCUUCAGACCAAUGAAUCAAGAACCGUUGUCUGGCAGUUAUUUGGUUGAAUUAUCGUUAUUAGCCCCCGUUGGUGCUGAUGCUGUUGCGGAAGAUAUGAGGGUAUUUGCUGAGAAGCUCAAGCCUUUAGUGAUAUUGGAGAAAAUUGAUCAUAGAAGAAUCGCACCAAACUGAAUUAUUGUUCUUUUCUAUCUGAUGCAAUCUGAUCGCAAUUUAUUAAAAAAG